AUGGGCAUAAGCUGGUCCGCAUUCGUAGAUUUGCCGCUGCGGUAUAUUUUUGGCUUGGAGCAGCUGCAAAGACCCUACAUCGAAUACCAGCCACCAGUCAAUUUGAUCGCGCAAGCAGCAACGCUGGCCGCCCAACAGCGACGAAUGUCAGAUUCGUCAAACUCGUCUGACUCGGACUCGGAUCAAGAGAUGCCGCCAGCUCGAUCACCGCCGAAUCGCCGAGACAUCGACGGCCCUUUUGGUUAUGUUCCUGGAGAUUGUCAACCGUCGAUCAGCCGAUUGCAACACGUUUGCGCGACGACCAGCCAGCCGUUGGCCGGUUUUUCGCCGAUUAGCCGACAACGGACGGCAUUGCAGCUUGGCGGCCGAGGAUAUAACACCAGUGUCGGUCGAGCAAGCAUGUUAGAUAGUUUCUUGCCAAAUCGACAUAAGCUCGUAGAUGCGACGAGGAUAAAGACUUUUUGCGCUCACUAUUUCAACGAUGAUGAUAUUAUGACUGCAAGUCAAGAUGGUGUUAUCCGAUUUUAUACGAGAGGCUGUAAUUACUCAAAGCGAUACACGGAAGACAGUCAAUUACAGGUGCCGGUUGUUGGAUGGUCGGUGCUAGACGUGGCCAUCAGCCCGGAUUCGCAGUAUCUAGCCUACACCACAUGGCGCGAUAUUGUAUUUUUGACGCGUAUGGGGAUGCGAAGCACAAAACGAUACAGAAUGGAACGAGAACUCGGCAAAGAGAUUUCGGAGCCGGAGCCGGCGUUUGAGCAGCUGAAAUUGACACAAGACGAAGACGCCGAAAGAAAUAACGGUUUUGCUCUGUUCCAACUCAAAUUCUCUCCUGAUGGGCGUGAAGUUUUGGCUGGUUCUUCAGCAUUCCGGAUAUUUGCCGUUGACUUGGAAACGAAGCGCGUUACCUUGGAUCUGACUGCACAUGAGGAUGACAUCAACACAGUCGCAUUUAGCAGUCAAAAUCACCUUGUUUUCAGCGCCGGUGAUGAUGGAUUAUGUAAGGUCUGGGACAGACGGGCGAUGGGAGAAUCCGAUCAACCAGCCGGAAUAUUUGCCGGCCACCGCGACGGGAUUACUUCUGUGGAUGUUCGAGAGGAUGAUAGAUAUGUUGUCACGAAUUGUAAGGAUCAGUCAAUCAAGAUUUGGGACAUACGUAGAUUUGCGUCAGAUGCAGCCGUGGAGGAAACAACGAAUUGUGUGCGUUCGCAGCGUUGGGACUAUCGGUUUAAUCAGAAUCCGGUGUAUCAGUCUGAGCUUCUCCCAGGCGACUGCUCACUGAUGACGUUCUACGGACAUGUGGUGAGGCACACGCUGAUUCGAGCUCGAUUCUCACCCCGGAGCACCGGCUCCAGAUAUGUCUACACCGGAUGUGCGGCAGGGAAAGUCUGGAUUUUCGACAUCUUGAAAGGCGAAAGCGUCGCCGUCCUCCAGGGCCAUAAUGCCGUCGUGAGGGAGUGUGAAUGGAAUGGGAAGACAAACGAGAUAGCCUCCGCAUCGUGGGACGGGCACACAUUCAGUUGGAAGUACGACUGUCGCGCUCGUGAUGACUAUCAGCCCUUGGCUGAGGACGAAGAGAGCUCGAAUGAAUUCUACGAAUCGUUGAAGUCGCAACGGAAACGGACCGCUUUAAAGCGACGGCGGAUACGGCAAGCGGACCUGUAUGACUCGGAUAUGGAGAUG